AUGUUAGCAAAAUUGGUAGAAACACCCGGGAAAUGGGACUGUGUUUUAGGGUCGGUAGAACACGCCUUGAAUAAUACCGUCUGCAGAUCAACAGGAGAAAGUCCUUCCCGAUUGUUAUUCGGAGUCGCUCAGUUGGGUACGGUCUCGGACAAUGUGCGUUUGGCCUUGGAGUCAUAUUCCGAGGAUGUUAGGGACCUUCCUACAAUACGUAGGAAAGCGGCUGAAAAUAUUGUGAAAGGUCAGCAAGAUAAUAAACGGGCGUAUGACAAAAAGCACAAGACGCCGACGGUAUACCAGGUUGGGGACUAUGUAAUGAUUCGCAAUUCCGAUGUCACCCCAGGAAUAAAUAAAAAAUUAAUUCCUAAAUUCAAAGGACCUUAUGUAGUUAAGAAAAUUUUGGAUCGUGAUAGAUAUGUGGUCACUGACAUAGAGGGAUUCCAGCUGACACGUAUUCCUUUCACUGGAAUCGUAGGACCUGAUCAGAUGAAAUUCUGGAUACGGUCAUAA